UCUUUUAUUUUUCUCUUCUCCGUACCAUUUCUAUUCCCAGCUAAAACUCGUUCAUUCCCAAAACCGAUCUCCCCGGGGACGCCGUCGUUUCGCGACGCCGGUGGUAUCCUCCGACGUCGUUUCCCACGAUGAAGCGGAAGUCCAGAUUCUCACUUCCCGUAAGCGUCGUCGUUUUGGUCAUCGCCUACAUAUACUUCUCCACGCUUUUCGUCUUCGUCGACCGCUGGUUCGGCCUAACGACAUCCCCAGGGAUCAUAAACGCCGUCGUUUUCACCGCCGUCGCCGCCAUGUGCGUCUUCAGCUACACCGUUUCGCUAUUCACGGAUCCGGGUCGGGUCCCCUCCACUUACAUGCCCGACAUUGAGGAUUCCCAAAACCCUAUACACGAGAUCAAGCGCAAGGGUGGUGACUUGAGGUAUUGCCAGAAAUGUUCUCACUAUAAACCACCUCGUGCACAUCAUUGUCGUGUGUGCCAAAGAUGUGUUUUGCGAAUGGACCAUCAUUGCAUAUGGAUAAAUAAUUGUGUCGGCCAUGCAAACUAUAAGGUCUUCUUCGUCUUUCUUGUUUAUGCUGUAAUUGCUUGCAUCUAUUCCCUGGUGUUGCUCGUGGGUAGUCUUACUACGGAUCCUCAAAAUGAUGAAGAGCAAAGUGUAGACUCUUUUAGAACAAUAUAUGUGAUUUCUGGGAUGUUGCUCAUACUCUUAAGCGUGGCGCUGAGUGUUCUCUUAGGUUGGCAUAUCUACCUAGUUUUGGAAAACAAGACCACGAUUGAGUAUCAUGAAGGAGUGAGAGCAAUGUGGCUUGCGGAGAAAGGAGGACAAGUCUAUUCACAUCCUUAUGAUCUUGGUGCAUAUGAAAAUCUAACGACGGUACUGGGUCCAAGCAUCUUCAGAUGGAUGUGCCUUGCAUCGGGACAUAUUGGAUCUGGCCUUCGUUUUCGUACUGUCUACGAGUAUUCAGCUGCUGAAUCGCUGCCAAAAUGAAGUUCUUUCGUCUUUCUCGAGUUCGUGUUGGCGACCCCAAUACUUUGAAUCGUGGAGAGGUCGAUGAGGCUGACCGUGCAUGACAAUGUCUUUGCAGUCCUUUUCAAAAGUCCGGGCACGUAGGCUUUGCUUUUUGAGUACGAGAGAAAAGAGCUCUCAUCUGUUUCCUACGCAGGAAAAUGGUCUAUGAUUUCAUUGCUGCAAUGCCAUCUAAGGAAUGGAAUUCAGUUUGAGGUUGUCAAGGGCCGAAGCUAAAAAUUGUCGAAAGAAACUUAAUUUAGGAUAGGUGAAUUCUUUACAGAAGUUUUUUUUUUUUUUUUUCCGUAAUUUUAUUUUAUUUUUUCUCAUUUGCCCUCUUCUUUUGGCAUUCACCAUGGAAGAGUUUAAUGGCGUGGCAAGUUUUGAUAGGUUUAUGUACAAAGAGGGAAUCACCCUUGGAGCUCGACCAACACUAACGAUAGUUGUUAAUGUAAAGUAGAUUUUCAAAGUUCUACAGGAGUGAACGUUCAUGUGUAACUCUGAAGAGUUGUAAAACGCUAAAAUCUAAUAUGUAACCUUUAAA